UGUUAGUAGCUCAAAAGAGACGCCAGUAGCUUUUAGCUGAGGGACAUUCAAUGACUUUGUGCCCGAGUGCGGCAGCAGGGAAGGAAAGUUUCCUAUUUGGCAGGUUUGAAUAAGUAUCGGAGCUCAUGGAGGCCCUCAUUCCUGUCAUAAACAAACUCCAAGAUGUAUUUAACACGGUCGGCGCAGACAUUAUCCAACUGCCGCAGAUAGUUGUUGUGGGAACUCAGAGUAGUGGUAAGAGUUCUGUCCUAGAGAGUCUGGUUGGCAGGGAUAUCCUGCCACGUGGUACUGGCAUCGUCACACGCCGGCCCCUCAUCCUUCAGCUGGUGCACAUCGACUCAGAGGACCGCAGAAAAACCAGUGAGGAGAAUGAGUCCAAGAGAAAUGGACGCUUUUACAGAGGCAUUGAAGGAGAUGAAUGGGGAAAAUUCUUACACACAAAAAACAAGAUCUUCACAGAUUUUGAACAGAUCAGGCAGGAGAUUGAGUCUGAAACAGAAAGAGUUUCUGGCACUAACAAGGGUAUAAGUGAUGACCCCAUUCACCUGAAAGUCUUCUCACCACACGUAGUGAACCUCACAUUGGUGGAUCUUCCUGGCAUUACAAAAGUACCGGUGGGUGAUCAGCCAAAAGACAUAGAGCUCCAGAUCAAAGACCUGAUUAUUAAGUACAUCUCCAACCCCAACUCCAUCAUCCUGGCUGUGACUGCUGCCAACACAGACAUGGCCACAUCAGAGGCCCUAAAAGUGGCCCGAGAGGUUGAUCCUGAUGGCAGAAGGACGUUAGCUGUGAUAACAAAGCUGGACCUGAUGGAUGCCGGCACAGAUGCCAUGGAUGUGUUGAUGGGCAGGGUCAUUCCUGUCAAACUGGGCAUUAUUGGAGUAGUGAACAGGAGUCAGUUGGAUAUCAAUCAGAGGAAGCUGGUUUCAGAUUCCAUCCGUGAUGAAUAUGCCUUCCUACAGAAGAAGUAUCCCUCUCUCGCAAACAGAAAUGGAACUAAAUACCUGGCAAGAACUCUGAACAGGCUACUCAUGCACCACAUCAGAGACUGUCUUCCUGAACUGAAGACAAGGAUCAACGUGCUUGCAGCCCAGUAUCAGUCUUUACUCAACAGUUAUGGUGAACCGGUGGAAGACAAGAGCGCCACACUGCUGCAGCUCAUCACCAAGUUUGCUGCAGAGUACUGCAACACCAUCGAGGGCACAGCCAAGUACAUUGAGACGGCUGAGCUAUGUGGUGGAGCGAGGAUCUGUUAUAUAUUUCACGAGACGUUUGGUCGCACACUGGAGUCAGUCGAUCCUCUGGGUGGACUGACAACCAUUGAUGUGCUCACAGCAAUCAGAAAUGCAACGGGCCCAAGGCCUGCUUUAUUUGUGCCUGAAGUUUCCUUUGAGUUGCUGGUGAAGCGGCAGGUGAAGCGUUUAGAGGAACCCAGUCUGCGCUGUGUGGAGCUGGUUCACGAGGAGAUGCAGAGAAUCAUCCAGCACUGCAGCAACUACAGCACACAGGAGUUGCUGAGGUUUCCAAAGCUCCAUGAUGCUAUUGUAGAAGUGGUCACCUCGUUACUCAGAAAGAGACUCCCCGUCACCAAUGAAAUGGUUCACAACCUGGUUGCCAUUGAGCUUGCUUACAUCAACACCAAGCACCCUGACUUUGCUGACGCCAGCGGUCUCAUGAACAACAACAUAGAAGAACAGAGACGAAACAGGAUGAGAGAUCUUCCCUCUGCUGUUCCUAGAGAUAAGUCCCUUAAAGGCCCAGGUGGGCAGGCUCUGUCCCCGACUGAGCUUUCUGCCUAUGAGGGCGAGCCUAUCAAGGCAGCAUCCAGUGGUCCUCAGGGGGGCUCAGUCAGCGAUCAGGCAGAUGGUGGGACAGGAAAUUGGAGGGGUAUGUUGAAAAGGGGGGAGGAAAAUGCAGGUGGAGAUAGGUCCAUGACUGUCCCCAACAUUCCCUCGAGCCCACAGAAGGGGCAUGCUGUCAACCUACUAGAUGUGCCUGUGCCAGUAUCCAGGAAGCUGUCCGCUCGGGAGCAGAGGGAUUGUGAGGUCAUCGAGAGACUUAUCAAAUCAUACUUUCUGAUUGUCAGGAAAAACAUCCAGGACAGUGUACCCAAGGCAGUAAUGCACUUUCUGGUGAACCAUGUGAAGGACUGCCUGCAGAGUGAGCUGGUGGGUCAGUUAUACAAGACGGUCCUGCUGGACGACCUGCUGACAGAGUCUGAGGACAUGGCUCAGAGACGCAACGAGGCUGCUGACAUGCUCAAGGCAUUGCAGAAAGCCAGCCAGGUGAUUGCAGAGAUCAGGGAAACCCACCUUUGGUGAGAGUGGCUUCCCUUCAGAAGGCUCUCUCCACCCCACGUGGACCCUCAGGCAAUUCAAGACUCUGAAACCCCUGCGGAGAGUCCUGGCGCUUCAAAACCCCAACAUGAUCAACUUCAAAAUGUGCUGCUGCCGAAUGUGUUCAUGGAAACAUAAUUUUUAAAGAAGCUCAUUACAUACGAGACCCUCAUCACUGGCAUCACAUAUGGCUCCUGAACUUAGAUUAUUCUAUUUUUCUUAAAUGAUCUAGAUUGUAUUAUGGUUUACCACUAUGUGGAGCCUUUCUGAGGAAUGUCUGCUUUUAUGUACAUUUGAAUUAAAGCUAGAAGUGACAAACCUAUGGUUCAACAUGUAGACGCUCUCUUUAUCAUGUCAAGUCUAAUUUUUUUCUAGAUGCUGACAAAAUGUCUGCUGAUUGUUCCUGAGAAAUGCACUUAACUUGUAAAAAAUACACCACCAUUUUUAAGCAUUCUUCAGUUUCAUGUAAAAAGCUGCUUACUUUUGUAGAGACAUAUAACUUUUCUACAUCAGACUCAGUUGUAUUUUGUUUAUCCAUAUUGAACAAGAUCUCUUACAUAUUUUAAAAGGUUUUGAUACAUUCAGUUAGCUGUUACUGCUUCUAUGUGGCUGGUUGAGUUGGUAUAAAUGUGUAAUGUUCUGUAUGUGGGACUCAAGAACACCAACAGACAUUCUGCAGGGAGGCAGCAGAUGAUUGUAAUGACUUAUUUAUUGUUUUGCUAUCAUGAUAAUGAAAUGGAACCCAACACAACAGAACAAUGAAUACACAAACAGACUCGUGGGCUGAUCAAUAGCGUCGGACUUCACUUGUCCCUCUCGGGCUGCUUCUUUACCUCAGACGGCCACCCAUCUUGCCCUUGCCACGACCUUUGGCGCUGUAAAUUACGCAGAGGCAGAGGUCAUGCUAUUGCAGCACUUACGAAAUCGAUAAACAGUGAACUGAAUGUAUUUAUACUCUGUACAGGAUUGAUGUUUAAGGGGAUACUGAAGUCCAAACCACAGGAGGUGUUUUAACCUUAAGAGAUCAAAAAUAAAGUAUGCAAUGCUU